GGUCAUCAGUUUUGAACAACCGACAUCCUGUUCCAUUAUCAUUUCUCCACUAAUUUAUCAUCCUCGACGCCUCAGCGAUCUCAAACUUCCGAUCACCAGUCAGUCUUCUUUAUCCGUAGGCUAAUCAUGAAUGAGAGUAAAGAACACAAGCAAAAUGAAGCUGAAUGUAUAGGUGAUAUGAUCGACGGUAUAAGCAGUCUACCAGAUUGUAUCCUUCAUCAUAUCCUGUCAUUUUUGCCCACAACCGAGGUUGUAAAGACUUCCAUAUUAUCUAAAAGAUGGAAGAACCUUUGGGCUUCAGUAUCCAAUAUUGAUUUUGAUGAUUCAUUGUUGUAUGCAAGUGAAAUGGAUGGUAGGCGUCCACCUGAAGUGACUUCCUUUAUGAACUUUGUAGAUAGAGUCCUCCGUUUACGAGAUGCAUCCAGUCUAGAAAAAUUUCGUUUAUCAUGCCGUAUUUGCUUUGAUGCAUCUCGGAUACAUUCGUGGAUUUCUGAUGCAAUCCUGCACAAUGUUCGGGAGCUUGAUUUAUGUCUCCUGGCAGGGGAUACCUUUGUGAUUCCUCGGUCUAUGUUUGAUGGCACAUCAUUGGUUAGCCUGAAAAUAGAAAUGAAUUGUGUCAUUAAUCUGCCUUCUCUGAUUUCUUUUCCAUGCUUGAAAAUCUUGCACCUGGCUCUGGUUACCUUCCUGAACGACAGCUCUACAGAAAAGCUUUUUUCAGGCUGUCCAGUUUUGGAAGAAUUGGUUUUAUUGGAUUGCGAGUGGAUGAACUUGAAGAAUGUCGUAAUUUGCAGCUCCACCUUAAAGAGCUUGACUAUUGAUGAUCUUCCAUCCUUUGGGCAACUUGAUGAUCCUACUGGCUGCAAGCUCAUUGUUGAUACAAUUAAUCUUACAUAUUUGGAGUAUAUCGGUUAUCUAUCAAAUGAGAUAUUCUUAAACAAUUUACCUUCACUAGUCGAAGCGUGCAUUCACAUUCCUAUUCCCCAUGUAAGACAAAAAGAAGUUGCACUUCGUGCUGUUGAUCUACUCAAAAGCCUACGAUAUGUUGUGUCUCUAAGGGUAUCUAAUCGCACUUUGGAGUCUCUGAUAACUGCAGAGAGCAUGGUGGACCAUUUUCCUGUAUUUUCAAACUUGGGUCAUUUAAUGUUGACUAUGGAAGUUGGGAAUUAUACGCUUGGAGCAGUGAUGGAUUUGCUUACCCUCUGUCCAACUUUACAAUCUCUUUCUCUAUCUGAGGGAUUUGAGCUUUGUAUGCGCAUUGGUGAGAAUUCUCCAAUUUGGUUGUCCAUACCGAUAUGCAUGUCGUAUCACCUCAAGGCAAUGACUUUCAAGAACUUCCAUGCUAAUGAUUCAGAAAUAUGUUUUCUCAAGUGCAUUUUGAAGUAUGCAUGUGUUCUAGAAAAGUUGGAUAUCUGGUGGUGUAAGACUCCACUGUUUGAUCUAAAGAAGCAAAGUUAUGUUAGGAAAGAACUAAAGAUGGUAGACAGGAGCCGUACUCCAUGUGUCAUAACUUUCUUCUGAAACCUCAAAAAUACAUUCUGGAUCAACUCGGACACAUCAUAUAUAACAAAAUUAGAAGUUGAAAACCAUAUUAAGCUCUGCAUAUCUUUGCGAGAUUCACAUGAUAUAACAUAGAACUAAUAUCAACCAAACUUGCUAUGACUAUGAUAUCAGUGUUUCAGUGGGUGACUUCAGUUCAAUACGGCUUCCCCUUACAGAAUGUUCUUUUCGGGCCAAAAGCGAAAUCAUCCUCACUGCCUCAAGGGUAUAUUUGGUAGGGAGAAUGAAAUCAAAGAAUUGGAUUAUUAUUAUUAUAGGGUAAAUUACAAAAAUCAUACUUGAGGAAUUGGAUUAUUAUUAUUAUAGAAUUAAAAAAGUACAAACAGAUGAGAUUUUUCGGGAAAUCUUUUUCUUUAAAAUUUGAUAUCCAUCAUUUUAUGGAGAAAACACUGUUCUUUAUGUCUUUGCACUGAGGAAUUCGUUGUCAGGGAAAAAAAGGUAUAAAUUGCAAACUAACGUGUAUACAUGAAACAAGCAAUAUUGAAAUCUCGUUUUACCGUAUCCCGCUCUGCUUUCUGCUGAUAUGGUAGCGCCACUGCUGCUUUUGAUCGCUACAGGCGUCUGCUUAUCACCCCCUUCAGGACAUUGUUGACUUCUGCUAGUCACCAUCAUUGAUUACAGUUAAUGAGAAGCAAGGUGUUACUAAAAAAGACCUAAUGUUUGAUUUUGCACGUACAACACUGUGUGUGCAUUUGACCUUAACAUCUCUGAAGAUGAAUGUGGAUUAAGAUUUAGAUAACUGUGCUCGAGUCCAACUCCUAGGUGGUCCAGCCUGCAAGGGAUCAAGGCUUAAUAUAAAGAAAAGUUAACUGAUCAGACAAAUGAAGUGAAGGGAACAGACGGCUGGAAAUCAUUUUGACUGUAGCUUAAGAGCUUACGAGACAUGUGGCUAGGGGGACGGCAACAAGAGGCUGGCAAGAACAAACAAGAGGCUUGACAACAAAAGCUUAUUUACAAGCUACAACUGUGACACAAAUGAAUAUAUUUAUAUAUCACAACCCCUCGUACCACAACAGCCAAGGCUGAAGGGUCCAAAAAGUACAUUUGUCAGUACAUGUAUUCGUAAAUGUAUUUAUAUAAACCGGUAAUUGCACAAGGUUCUCUGUUCAGAAUAAACAUUUAGGGAAAAAACAAGUAUUUUGACUCAUAUGUACUUGACCUAUCCGGGAGAUGACCGUUUCAAACCCUUUCCUGGUCACCCGAGAUUGUAUAUAGCAGUAUCGAACCUCAUGCUUGGUUUA